CCACUAGCCACUUCCUGUCCUGCCUGUCAAUUACUAUUUAUUUAACAGCAAUUAAUUUUCCAGAUGACGUAAAAAAAUCAGGGAGGACGGCACUAACAGUUUACUUUAGAUUAAAAGACUUUUCACUUUGUUCAUUGCAUUGAAUAGUUUUCUUCAAUUCUGUCCAUUGUUGACUUGUUGUAGUUUACCACCUAGUUUGUAAAUUAAAGAAAUUAAGCGGAAUUGCUCAACAUGGUUGACAAGUUCAGCUUUGGUUUGGAUCCCAUCACUUGUCAUGCUUGGAAUAAGGACAGAACCCAAAUUGCAAUUUCGCCAAAUAGUCCUGAAGUCCAUAUUUACAAGCGAACUUCAAACGAUUGGAUAUUGGUGGACGUGUUAAAGCAACACGAUCUUCGAGUCACUGGAAUCGACUGGGCCGCAAGAACUAAUCGAAUUGUCACUUGUGCUGCGGAUCGAAAUGCUUAUGUGUGGUCACAAGACACACCAGAUCAAAAAUGGAAACCGACGCUUGUACUCCUCAGGAUCAAUCGGGCUGCAACGUGUGUAAAAUGGUCACCACUUGAAAAUAAAUUUGCUGUAGGAUCAGGAGCUCGCCUAGUUUCUGUGUGUUACUUUGAACAAGAGAAUGAUUGGUGGGUCUCUAAGCAUAUUAAGAAAACUAUUCGCUCGACUGUUACUUCCAUUGACUGGCACGCCAACAACGUCCUAGUUGCUUGUGGGUCAAGUGACUUUAAGGUUCGGAUAUAUUCCGCAUACAUUAAGGACAUUGAAGAAAAACCACAACCAACAUGCUGGGGGGCUAAAAUGCCUUUAGGACAAAUGAUGGGAGAAUGGCCAAACAGCCCCGUUGGUGCAGGGGGAUGGGUCCAUGAUGUUUCUUUCAGCCAUAAUGGAACUCGAUUGGCAUGGAUUGGCCAUGAUUCAUCAGUUACCGUUGUCGAUGGAGAAUCUGGAACGUCAUCAUACUUGAGAACUGCAUAUCUUCCAUUCUUAGCAUUGAUUUGGACCACACCGGAUACCAUCGUUGCGGCCGGACAUCAACUGACUCCUAUUAUGUUCAAAGCUACGAAGUCACCAAAUGCUAUCCAAGUUGAAUGUGUUGGGAAAGUUCAACAAACAGAGCAACGCAGGGAACAAGGUGGCAUUUCUGCAAUGAAAAAAUUCCAGUCCUUGGACCGGCAUGCUAGGAUUAUAAACGAAGAGGAAAUGGAGUUAGAUUCCCAUCAUCAAAAUACCAUCACUGCCAUCAAGAUUCACACAGGCUCAAAAGAAAAUGCUGUCAAGAUAUCUUCGUCGUCUGUUGACGGACAAAUAAUUCUCUGGGAUCUUAGUAGUCUUAUUUUUGGGCCAGAUCCAGAGCCUGUUGAAAAAUGGGAUUUGAAUGACGUUUCCGAAGAAUUAUGAAUUCAACUUUAUAUUCGUCGAGAUUGCAUAAGCGCGGGCUCACAAUCCCAAUAUUAUAAUUUCAUACUGAUUAACCAGCAUUAAAUUAAAAUUAUGUCACCUA